UGAAACCUAUUGUUUUGCUUAUUAUCUUCAGGGUUGUUGUCACAACGUACUUGAUGGUACUUCAGUCUAGAUCUAGGCCUAGUCUUUCUCUGAAUGUGUUGUUGGAUCUAGUAAUUGCACUGGCCUUUGAAACAGAAAGAGUGUGAUUUUUGAAUUUGUGAGACGAACGCUGGGAUCAUCUUCGUCAUCGGUCCCAAGACCGAUAACUUAUAUCUACUCCAAGUCUUGGAUUGGAUCGGUCUCUUGGCCUAUAAAUAGAAUUACUUGGACUACCAGAAUAGAAUCUGGAGAAACCGGAAUUUGUUUUGGAACAAAAGUGAGACUCAUGAGGCUUUGAGACACUUUGAUUUGCCAGCAGCUGCAUUAUGGCUUUGGAUGGAUUCAACCUUCAAAUCAUCAACUAUUAUGUGCUCAUUCCUGUUAGUUUCAUCAUCUUAUACCUCUCCCUACUUGAAAAGAGGAAGUGCAAACAUCGAAACUGUUGCAAUGGCAGACCAGGCCUCAUUGUUCCCUUUCACUUCCUGGAUGGAUACGGCAACCGCCUUGCCUAUGCCUUGGCUUUGGGCACCACCACCAACACAGUGGUGUCUCUAAUCACGUCAAAACCGACAUUGGAGUUUGACAUGCCUCUGUGGCUGAAAGCACCAUACUUUUACAUGCAAGCUUUGAUUGGGUGCCUCACCUGUUUCCCUCUCCUGGCCAGUAUCACCACUCGCUAUACAGUGAUUGGAUCAUGCACCUGCAUUUUGUACUCCUUAACAUGGGGAGGACUCAGUAUAGUUCAGACUGUGAAGGAAUUUGGUGAAGCUAGAAACAGAUCAACAUUUGCAAUAUUUGCAACAUUUGGCCUUUCUGCACCGUCUGAAAAUGACACUGCAGCCAUUGCCUUGUUGAAAGGAGAGGUGGUGAUGGGGAAUACACCGGUCAUCAUGUGUUACCUGGGCCUUAUCCUCAUCUCAUUGUGGAAUCUCUACCAUUCUUUUGUCAGCCGCACCUUUGUCAGUAAGCGCCAGGAGUGCACAGUUUGGCCCCAUCAGGAGGCUCAUGUCAAGUGGUUGCUGAGCCGAUCGAAAAUCCAAGCUCAUUAUUUGUCGUCAUCAUCUUCAUCAUCAUCCAGACCGUCUUUCAUCAGUGAAAUGGAAAAGAAUACACGUCUUCGCUUGUUCAAGAAUUACCCUUUUUUUCGGUAUCCCACAAAAAUUCUUGUUAUGGCUUUUGUACAGCUCAACGUGAUAUACUGGAUGAUGACACUACUGAUUGUUGCUAUAGUGAGGAUUUUAGAGACUUACCUCUCGAGCAUUGUUCCGGGCGAUGAGUCACAGCGUGAGGUUUUUGCUAUCAUAUCAGGGUGCUCUCUGUUCUCCUUAGCUGCGUCCAUUAGCGUAACAGGUUGCCAGAUUUUUAUAGCCAUCCGAAGUUACAGGUAUCAUAUGCUGAGAAUUUAUGCUGGUGACCGGUCCUUCAUGCCUAAGAUUGUGGAGACGCCACAGGUUAUUCUGACUAGAAGUAUGUCAUAUCCAGGAUACCAAGUGGCCUUUGUUAUGUGGGGUUUUGUCAUAAGUUUUGUGGCACUGAUGCUGAUCACCAAUGGCUUGAGCUUGACCAUAUAUUACCUGAGCUACAGUGAUUUACUCGCUGACACAGCUCUUAAUCUUGUUCAGCUGCUCAGUUUUCCUGCUACAGUUUUGCUGUUUUUCUACCUGCAAGUAUUAUUGACCAAGAAAGUUUUGAUGCAGGAGAAAGUCAAGGAAAAUGAUGAGAACAAGCCACUCAAUGUAGAUAACAGGAAGUUCUUUGAAAUUGUCAACUUUUAUUCCCUGUUCACCAACAUGGCAGUGGGACUAUUCACCUGUUUGUUGCGGAUUCUGAAGAGUGCCUUCUUUGGUAUAUUUACUGUCGGGAGACUUGAUCACAGUGUGUUCACCAGAAAUCAGGAGAGCUCAGAUAAGGGUUUCAAGAUCUAUUUGUCCGUGCUGCUUGUAGACAACGCCCACAACAACCCCACUAUGCGAGUGUUUGCCCACCUUCUGUGGACUAAAGUCCUGUCCACACGAUAUGUCCAGAAUUGUCCAGGAAUGGACCCUGAGGAAGACAGUAAGGAAGACAGUGAGGAAGAUAGUGAACUACUGACAGGAGAGAGACUGUCGGCUUCUUUGAGUCUGGUAACGCCAGAUAGUCCCACUUCCCUAUGGACGUCCGUGGAUAUUUCUGACCGUGUGAAGUCAAGACGUGCGAGGACAAGAUGGGUUUUGGCCUUCACGUUGAUCAACAAUCCUCAGCUACAGAAACUGAGAAAGCAUGCCCUUGCUUAUGAUUUAAUGUUGUCGACGCGAAGAUCUGAACUUACUGACACGGAAGGUGAUGAGGGUUUGGAGAGUAUGGAGCGGAACAACCUCACUGGUAUUCUCAUUGACUGCUCUGUGGAGGAAUCUGAGAGUCAUCAGAGAGAGUUGGAUGGUGAACCACCGGAGACGACUCCCAUUUCAUUAUUGUGAAGACACUGCUGGAAGCUGGUCUGAUUUUGUUCGACGACAUUUACAUCAUUUUAGAGUACUAUAAAGCUAACAGCUGUUCUUAUGUGCUUCAUUUCUGAAUGUCACGACAAAAAAGGAAAUAUUUUUUAUUUAUAUAAAAACAACCCAUAUUUGACCAGCAAAUGUCAUUCACUUUGUUAAUGAUAAGAAUGAUAAUUGCAUUUAUAUACUUUGUAUUACAUUUAUAUGUGAGGCAUCAUGGUGAAAUUGGGCUUGUCAAAACAAUAAAAUCCGAUAAAAA